AUGGUUCUUGCUCAACUUUCCAAACGGAUAAUUACUGCACAAAUUCGAAGUUUAACAAACACAAGUCAAGAAGCUGGAUUAGUUCAUGUUGAGAAGCAAUUCGAAGCAGUGGUGCCUGAAAAAAGAGAUAAAGAUGCUUUUAUGGCAGCCAUAGCAACGUUCAAAGAAAAGCGUGGUCGAACGCAUGUUGAAUUCAUCAAUACUGCGCUGAAGUAUGUAAAAGAUUAUAGAGUUCACAAAGACCUGGAUACAUACAAAAGUUUGCUCGAUGUGUUUCCUAAAGGAAAGAUGAUCCCGCAAACAGCGUUUCAAAAAGUGUUUCUACAUUAUCCACAACAACAAAACUGUGCAGUUAAAGUAUUGGAUGAAAUGGAGUGGCAUGGAGUCCAACCAGACAAAGAAAUUCACGACAUUGUUGUGAAUGCUUUCGGAGAGUGGAACUUCGCUACGAAGAAAGUGAAAAGGAUGCUUUACUGGAUGCCUAAGCUGAAACAUUCUAAUAAAUAUCUUGACAGGCGGCAUCUGGAAGGAAAGUCUCUUUCCCCAUCUGAAUUGGCUGGAAUAGCAUUAAAAAUGAUGAGCCGAGAUCCUGCUACAUCGAUUUCACUUCUAAAAUUGUCAGACAAUUCGGAUCCAGUGGAUAAGUGGUUCGCUACGUCCCAAAGUCCGUCUCAACAGUUACUGCUCUCCGAACUGCAAAAAGGUGAAGAAGUCUUCGUGGAUGGUGGGAAUGUUUAUGUGCAGGACAAAUUGAUUCCUUUUGUAACUCUAACCGGAACUACCAAACUUUCACCGCUCAAUGAAUUCAAAAAAGAAGAGCUCGACGAAAAUUAUUCAAAUUGGUUCGAAGAAUGGAAGAAAGAAAGACACGAAGCAAAAAGGUCGAUUCAUCAGCAAGACCAUGAGACAGUAUUCGCCAUGGGUGCCAUGUUCCAAAAUGAUAAUGCAACAGCACUCCGUUGGAUGGAUCAACUUCAAAAAAGAAACCCAAACUUGGAAAAUUUGAGAAUUAGAGUUCGAUUAGAUGGAAAAUCAUGGCUUUCAUAA